UCAAUGUGUCUUGGUAUGGAAUCUACACAUUGGAUAUUUAGCCAUUUUGUUAGAGUAGAUAAAAUGGAACAAGUUGCUGGACCUAUCUGGCCUUUCAAUAUUGCAAUACUUUCUUUUUCUGGUGCGGCUUUAGGUAGGGGAAGGAUUAUUUUAAAGAAAUAUUUUGAAACUUUAUCCAUUGUUAACAAUAACAAUAAAUAA